AUGCCUUGUAACAUUAACGGGCACAUUUUGGGGUAUGACAGUAACAAAGCCCUAGAUCACACCAGGAAUCCAAGACUUUUGGCUCCUACCUUGGAGGAGGUGGAGAGGAUCAUAGGCCGGAAUUUGAAGGAUCAUAAUCCAUUUCCUAAGCUCGAUGAAGAUAUUCCUCCCAAGAGGAUAACUUUAGCUUUGGGUCUGAAAGUUUCUGAAGUCGUGGACAAUUGGGAUGUGAAAGGACCUUUUAGUGUUUUUUCUAGGAAGUUCUUGGAAGAUCAGGCCAAGAAGAUGGAAAAAGAAGGGAAUUGGGAAGCCUUUUAUGCUGUGUUAGCCGUGUUGAUAUAUGGGAUAAUCCUCUUCCCAAAUAUUGACCAUUUUAUGGACCACCUGGCGGUGAGAAUUUUCCUCUCUGGUAACCCUGUACCGUUCCUCUUGGCAGAUAUCUACUACACUAUCCAUGAUCGCCAUGAGAAGAAGGGAGGAAUCGUCUUAUGUUGUGCACAGUUGUUGCAUGCUUGGUUUAGAUCCCAUAUGCCCGAAGAAGGUCCUUUUGUCUCAAAGGAACUCAAGCCCUUCCAGAAGUUAGCUUCCCUCACCUCCAGUCAUGUUAAAUGGUAUAUCAGGGAUUGGGAAACCGAGAAUGUGAUUGUCAGCAUUGGAGACUUCCCCAAUGUGCCGUUGAUAGGAACCAAGGGUUGCAUCAACUAUAACCCCAUGUUAUCUCUAAGGCAGCAUGGGUACCUUAUGAAUGGCCCUCCAAAAGCUGAAGCUCUAGAGCCUUUCAUCUUACAUGGUGUUGAAGCGGAUCAUCCCAUGGUGAAAAAGAUCAAGGGGUCUUGGCAAGCAGUUAUCAGGAAAGGUAAGGAGUUGGGUUAG